CGUAUUACAGUGUAGAAAAACGCAGAGAAAACGAAAGAUAAACACGAAAAAAAAAACUGUAGAGAGAGAAACAGGAAUCAUCAUUUCCUGGUUGAGGAGAGAGAAAGAAGAAAGACAGAAAGAAGGGUUGUUUGUGGUCUUUGUUAUUGUGUGUGGGGGUGGACCGUCCGCUUCCUUGGUUUCGUGUAUUUUUAAUUUUUAUUUUUUGUGAAAAAACUUUAAAUCAAAAAAAAUGGUGAAGAAGAUUAUUAUUAGACCUCCAUCUUCUUCUUCUUCCCCAAUUUCUACUAUAAUCAUACAACCUUUUCUUCUUCUUUGCCCUAAAAAAAACUUACCCUUUUCUUCUUCUCUAUAUUUUCCCCGUUUACCCUUCCAAUACCCUCUAUCUUUUUUCCUAUUCUCACUCUAUCUCUCUCUAUUUCUUUCACAACUGCCCCUUUUCUCAGCUUUCUCUCUCUAUUUUUCGCGUCUUUCGUGCUGUGUCUCUCUCCAAGUUUCCAUCUUUGAGUAUUGGAGUUGUUUUAUGAGAGUCUCCACUUCCAUUACUAGGCAUUAGUGGCUGAACUGGAACUUUUUCUUGAUCACAGUGUUCUUUAAAUGGAAGACCUUAAUUCUUCUCGGUUCGAAGGCAUAGGAAAUGCUGUGAAAAAGAGGCGAAGCCAUAGGCGGCCUCGCCCAGAAUCUCAACCACUUUCUGACGGGCGUGAUGUUUCAUCGUUGUCCUCUACACCUCCAUCUGAUGACGUAAAGCCCGGUUCCAGUGAUGAGAACAGUGGUGGUGGGGACCACAGCUCAAAGAGGAAAGAGCUAAGUCUUAGUCAAUGUGCAUCAAGAUUUCCGGGACCUAGUGGUGUGGAAGGUGAAAACCCGGUAAGAAAGAGUAAGAAAGUAGACAUUGGACUUGAUGAGUUAUAUGGUGAUAGCUCAAAUCACAAAAGAAGUAGUGAAGGAGUUCUUGCUCCUGGUAAUUGGAGAAGUACAAGCAGGGAAAAAGAAAGUCCGGAACCACAGAAGACCAUGGCAUUGAAUAAAAAAGCCGAUGAGGGGACCGGUCCAUCUCAGGAUAGGUUGGGAAAUGAUAAUAAGGUUAAAAAGGUUAAGCUCAAAGUUGGUGGUGUCACACGUACAAUUGAUGCGAAUUCAAAGAGUUCUCGAUCUUUAGAUGCUACAAUUGUACUGCAGAAGUCAGCCGUUAAGGAUAAUUCAGAAAUUGACAAUUCGCCGUCAGGAGAUAAAAAGGGUGGAUUACAGGGAAUUCCGUGGAAGGAUUUCUCCAAAGUGGGGUUUGCACUUGUAAGGGAGGAAUCUUCAAUGAAGGGGGGUGGGAAGAAUAGCUCUGUAAAGCAAGGAGACAAGUCUGAUUCAGCGCGAAAGAGCAAACGAUCAUCCAAGAAGCGUGCAAUUGAUGGUUUUGAUGACGACGAUGAUGAUGAAAUCAGGUACUUGGAAAAAGUGAAAAAUGCUAAAUAUUUUACUGGAUUUGGAGAGGAUGAUGAAGAAUCUAGCAGAAAGCACCGAAGAUUGUCCAAGUUCUCGGGAAAUACUCCACAAAAUUCAGAAGUUGGUGCUUCUUCUUCACGGUUGGGUAAAGAUGGAAAGAAGAGAUCCCCAUCUGAGAAUACUGAAUUUGAGGGAGAGGAGGAACUUGGAUCUGAUGGUGAACUUGAGGGGAAAAAGAAGAAGAAAGCAAGAAAGGAACCCGUUGAUGUAAUUGUUGAGCCAAAGCGGGAAUUGACACUUACAACCCGUCAAAAGGCACUUCAGUCAGGAAGAGAUGCCUCUGCACCUGGUGGAAGUGCAGUCGAAUUCCCAGAUGGAUUACCUCCAGCACCUUCUAGAAAGCAAAAGGAGAAGCUUUCAGAAGUGGAUCAACAAUUGAAGAAAGUUGAGGCUGCUCAGAGACGUAAAAUGCAUAAUGAGAAGAUAGCUAGGGAAAACGAGGCUGAGGCAAUUAGAAGAAUACUUGGUCAAGACUCUAAUAGGAAAAAGCGGGAAGACAAAAAGAAAAAACGUGUGGAAGAGCUUGCUCAGGAGAGGGAAGCUGAUGAACUUUUGCGUGCAUCAAAUAGUAUCAGAUUGGUCAUGGGACCUAAUGGAACAACUGUUACCUUUCCAAAUGAAAUGUUGCCUAGUUUUUUUGACUCAAAACCUUGCAGUUAUCCACCACCGCGUGAAAGCUGUGCGGGCCCAUCGUGUACGAAUCCAUACAAGUACAGAGAUUCAAAGACGAAGCUGCCACUUUGCAGUCUACAAUGCUACAAGGCAGUUCAGGGUAAUGUACCAACUCAAGCUGCUACCUGCUGAUAUAUAUAACACCAAGAAAACAUAAGCCAUAAAUUAGUGAUGUGAUCUUAUAGUAAAAAAAAAAUGAUUUGGUAGUUUUGUUAUCAUUUAUAUUUAUAUUACCACAGAAAUAAUAAGCUAUCAUUGGCAAAUUAUGUGAAAAUUUUCAAGCAUAUGAAAAUAAAGUGUUGUGUAGAGUUGUAGUAA